UGUCGAGGAAGUGGUCGCCGACGUCAAUCCGCUCCAAUCAUAACCGAUGGACUUAUCAAUAAUUGUUCGCACUGCGAUUGCAGACAGAUAACUUCGUAUAUAUCGGCUUUAUUAUCGUUAAAUGGCGAGAGAUCGCGUUGUAAGAUUUUACGGCAUUCUUACGGAUUGUCAAAUACCAAAUUCCAUCUUCCUGUCGCAUUAUAUUCCGGCCGAAUCGAUACGGUGAUCCCAGAGUUCUACUACCGUCCUGAUCGUCGCUGCAUCGUUAAACGAACCGUCCUUGUUGACGCUCCCCAAUGUCUUCAUCAACGUCGCGCACAUCUCGACAUCUCGACGAUACUUCGGAGUAUGUGUAUUUGCUGCUGCGUAUCGUUCUCGAUGUUUGCGCAUGCUGCGAAAAUGGCGGCCGCGACUGCGCUUGCGCGAGAUUCCUCCGCGGCUCCCCAGCGACAUCUCGCGUUGGCGCGCGACAACUAGAAUGACAGCUCCCUUGAGAUCGGUCGAUACUCUCUUUAAAUUUUGAAUACAUGCAAUUUUUUAUUUUUCUUUACUUUUCCUUCGAUGUCAUGAUAAUUAAUAUCUUAUUCAUUUGCUUAUAUCAUUUAUUUAAUUUCGAAAGCACAAGAUCUCUUCAAUAAUUUCAAUAACAGCUGAUCGGGAGAUCUUAGAGGUUAGAGAAAUAAGUUUAGAAUUUUUUUUUGUUAGGCUAGGAUAGUUGUAGAAGUUAGGUUUUGUUACAAGCAGCAGACGACGGACUGGUUCACGCUUUACGUAAUGUAUGUAUGCGAAACACGUGUUUUCUCGCCGACUUGCAUCAUUCGUUGUUCCAUCAUGAACGAUACAUGAAGGCUACGUACGAUCCGAAAUAUUGAAUAUUUUAUAAUAAAUGUUGCAUCGAUUGUCAUGAUUGUACGAAGUUCUCUACACCGAAAGAUUUUGACGCGCGACACGAGGUAGUCUUUUGGUUGGAGACCACUUUUUUCUUUAUCAGCUCGAUGACGCUUCUUGAAAUCUGUCUGCUCGGAUCAGACACUGAAAGUAUAAAUUAUUACAUGGAGCAGAAAUGCUUUACGAACAAGAGGAAUCUGUUGCGAAUCUCUCCAAAAGAGAUGUCUUGCUCACAUCGUUUAUCUCAGGUGCUCUUGCAGGAAUUAUUUGUGACGUGACGCUUUAUCCAUUAGACACGCUUAAAACGCGUUUACAAAGCCAGCAUGGAUUUUUUCAAUCUGGUGGUUUCAAGCAGCUCUACAAAGGUGUUGGACCUGUGAUAUUAGGUUCUGCUCCAUCAGCUGCUAUAUUUUUUAUCACUUAUGAGGGAAUAAAACAGUAUUCAAAACCAUAUGUACCAGAUCAGUAUCACUUUUUUAUGCACAUGGCUGCAGCAUCAUCUUCCGAAGUAACUGCCUGUUUGGUUCGGGUACCAGUUGAAGUAAUUAAGCAAAGAAAACAAGCGCUCUUGUCAGACACACAUCGACUAGGAUUAAGAACAUUGUAUCGCGGUUAUGGAAGUACCGUUCUUCGGGAUUUACCAUUUGGUGUGAUUCAAAUGCCGUUGUGGGAAUAUUUCAAGCUUUAUUGGAGCCAACAAAUGCAGCGAGAGUGCACACCUCUGGAGGGUGCCACAUGUGGUGCUGCAUCAGUUGCUAUAUCAGCUGCUAUAACGACGCCAUUAGACGUUGCAAAGACUAGAAUUAUGUUGUCUAGUACGUCGGCGGAAAAAGAGGAAGUUAAAAUAUCUACUAUGUUGAAAGAUGUUUACAGAGAUCAUGGUGCUAAAGGGCUGUUUGCUGGUUUUCUUCCGAGAGUAACUGGCUUUACUAUUGGUGGUUUCAUAUUCUUUGGAGUUUACGAGCAAGCCAGAGAAUUUUGUAUAUCCUACUUCUCAAAAUAGUCAUUGUUAGAUUAACAAAUUUUAAAAAGUUAAAAUAUAGCGAAACUUUAACAAAUUUUGCAAAUACAUUCUAACAAUUGAACUUUCUUUCUUAUUCAAUGAUAUUUGCUGGGAUCAAUUUUAAAAGGUAAUUAUAAAUUAAUAAAGUUAGUCAAAAUAAAAAUUUUUAUUGAAUUAUUACUAAUACUCUGCCUAAUAAAAUUAAAGUUUAAACCUUCUAAUUACAAAUGAUGACAGAAAUGUGAUUAUAAGAAAUCAAACAUAUCACUUAAUGACAAAACAUCAGUUUUAAACUAAAUAACAAAGAAUUAUAUAUUUAAGAAUAUUUCUCGACUAUGUAUUGUGCAACACUUUAAUUAUACAACACUUUAUAUGCACACACAUUUUUUUAAAAUUGCUGAAAUAUUUAAUUCAGUUUUGUAAGCUCAUUGAUUGUAAGCUAUGCUUAUAAUUAACAAUAUUGUGAUACAAACUUUGAAGCUAUUGAAAAUUACUGAGCAAAAUAAUAUAUCACAGCAAUCUUUAACAAUUAUAUUAAAAUCUAUUUUAUUACAUAGUACAUUAUAUAUAAUCUCAGAUAAGAUGUCUGAUAAAAAAACCGUACAAGAAUAUAAUAUCAAUACUGAUCUUGUUAAAUCAGUGUACAACAAUACCUUUUCUCAGAUUCUCUGCUUAGAACAAUUGCUUCUUCGGCCUGUUGCAAAUUUUCUGGAUUGGAGACGAAAUCUUGUAUAAUUUCGUUGAACAAUUCGUCUAUAAAAAGAAAAAGGGUAAAUAAAAUUUUUUGCAAAUAA